UCCUGACAGCAGAACUACAACCUGCUCGUGUUUCCUGCCGCCAUGUUGUUUGGUCGCAUUAUUCUGGUCUGUGAAACCCCCUCGGAGUGAGCCCUCCUUGCUCUCGGUGCUGUGAAACCCCCUCGGAGUGAGCCCUCCUGGUCCUGGUCCUCUUGACAGCUGCUCUCUGAGAGGAACGGAAGACAUUUUGAUCCGUUGCGGUCGGUCCGGGUCCGUUAUCAGAGUGUGAGCCUGAAGUCCGGGCUGCCGGUCUGCGGGGUCAGUCUCCAGUGUGAGCUUGUAGAAGAAGAAGAAGAAGAAGAGAAAGAACAGAGAGAAGAAGAAAGAAGACGAACAAACUGUUCACCUGUUAGCAUAGCGAGCUAGCUAAGCGGAUCACUAAAGCUAAGUCCUAGAUGCUAGUUAGCUAGCGUCACCUAGCUGGCCUCCUCCUCCUCCUCCUCUUCCUCCUCCUCCUCCUCCUCCUCCUCCUCGACAGCCGGUCCCUUCACGCCGACACAAUGGCUUUAAAACGAAUCAGCAAGGAACUGACCGAUCUGUCCAGAGAUCCUCCGGCUCAGUGCUCCGCCGGGCCUGUGGGUGAAGACAUGUUUCAUUGGCAAGCUACUAUUAUGGGGCCGCCCGACAGUCCCUAUCAGGGCGGAGUUUUUUUCCUGACUAUUCAUUUCCCCACAGAUUAUCCCUUCAAACCACCCAAGGUCGCCUUUACAACAAGAAUUUAUCACCCAAAUAUUAACAGUAAUGGCAGCAUCUGCUUGGAUAUAUUGAGAUCACAGUGGUCUCCUGCAUUAACUAUCUCUAAAGUCCUUUUGUCCAUUUGUUCUCUGUUAUGUGACCCGAACCCUGACGACCCGCUAGUGCCAGAGAUCGCCCGCAUCUACAAAACAGACCCCACCAAGUACAACAGGACAGCUCAGGAAUGGACUCAGAAAUACGCCAUGUGAUCCUCCUCCUCACUGCUGGAACAAACUCUUUGAUUUCCUCCUCCUCUUCAUCAGCCAAUAACAGCAAUUUGUUCAUGUUUUUCUGUUGGUCCUCUUCCUCCUCACCUUUAAAUGCUUUUAAAGUCUUUAUUUGCCCUUUUUCUCUGCUUUCUAAACAAUAAAUAAAUAAACAAAGUGAGGGGCCGAGGACUCUGAGCUGUGAAUGUGCCAACUGCAAAACAAAAAGCCCCCAAAAAACCCCGGAGCGGACUCAGUCAGACCGGACCGGACGGAGAACUGUUACAGUAAUUAAACAGAGUAAUGGAAUGCAUGUCAGUGAUUGGUUCAUGUGCUGCUGCUGAGUCCACUUUCAAAAGAAACGACGACAGCUUUUUGGUUUUAUUCAGUUUUCUUGUUGUUUUGUUGUUUUUAGACGAGAGAGCCGUUAGUUCAUCCAUCAUCCACACACUGUUCUCCUCUUUUUGCACUGAAGAUGAAACUCAAAGCUCUCAAUGGCUGAUUGAUCAACUAAUAGCUCUGUGAUGUUUUCUUUCUCAAUAAAGUUGAACAAAUUGCA